AUGGCCCUGCGCUGCCUCAACUACUCUGCGAUGGAAGAACUGCUCACUGACCAUCAGAUUACAGAUUCUGGAGACAAACUACAUCAAUGUUCUCAGUGUGGAAAAGCCUUUAUUAACAAGUACACUCUUAAGAAACAUCAGAGGACCCAUACUGGAGAAAAACCACAUCAGUGUGCUCAGUGUGGUAAGGCCUUUGCAUUGAAGGGUCAUCUCACGCUACAUCAGAGGAUCCAUACUGAAGAAAAGCCACAUCAGUGUUCUCAGUGUGGAAAGGCCUUUACACAAAAGGGUAAUCUCAAAACACAUCAGAAGAUCCAUACUGGAGAAAAGCCACAUCAGUGUUUGCUGUGUGGAAAGGCUUUUACAGGUACAAAUGAUCUUAAGAAACAUCAGAGGAUCCACACUGGAGAAAAGCCAUAUCCAUGUUCUCAGUGUGGAAAGGCCUUUAUAACGAAGGGUGAUCUCAAGAAACAUCAGAUGAUCCAUUCUGAAGAAAAGCCACAUCAGUGUUCUCAGUGUGGAAAGGCCUUUUCAUUGAAGGGUAAUCUCAUGCUACAUCAGAGGAUCCAUACUGGAGAAAAGCCACAUCUGUGUUCUCAGUGUGGAAAGGCCUUUUCAUUGAAGGGUAAUCUCAUGCUACAUCAGAGGAUCCAUACUGGAGAAAAGCCACAUCAGUGUUCUCAGUGA